CAAUAUCUCUGCUUUGCCCCCAAAAGCGAGAAAAGCCGACAAAACCCGUUCUCUCAGUCGGGGACACCCUGUUUGUUGCCGCGGCCCUCAUUCAGCGAUAGCGGCGGAGUUUUCCUCGGUGAAGAAGACGGGUCGGAUUUUCAGUACCAACUAGAAAGUCCAGUUCGACCAACCGGAGAUGUCACAGGAGCAUGACAAUAAACGGGCAGUGGUGGUUCUCCAGAACAAGCAGGGUUAUGGCAACCAGCGUCGCUCCUUCACCACAGAAGAUGAAGCCUGGAAGUCGUUUCUGGAGAACCCACUGACGGCAGCCACCAAGGCCAUGAUGAGCAUAAACGGAGACGAGGACAGCGCCGCAGCCCUCGGCUUCCUCUACGACUACUAUGAGGUGCCCAGGGACAAGAGAACAAUACACCAGCCCAAGACAGAACUGCUGGCCUCUGAUGUGGAUCCCAACAAAAGGCAUCAACUCCAAGCCAGACACCCGAUACCUCCUCACCAGGAAGCUAAUAUGGACAACAGGGUCCAGGUCCUCAAGACACCCAUCAAUAUUCUUCAGCUGACUUCAGAUAAAAGAACCCACUUCCCCUCACCAGAUACAACUGUCACAGUUUCCAUCGCCACAGUGCCAAACUACCAGUCCGUCAAGACGGAGGGGCCCUCACACGGCUUCUCGGUCACGGUUCCCAACAACUGCAACGACGCCGGCGUCUUUGACCGCCAGCUCAACCAAAACGCCAUCCAGUUCAGCCCCAGCACGCAGUCCCGCACGCCUCCAGACUCCACCUUUCCCGAGAGUUUCAAGGAUGGUUCCCAGGAGGUGUUUGCCUUCCCGGAUCUCCAGUUACGCAUGGCCUCCCUGGUGCCUGAGGGAUGCUUUGACACCGUGUACGGCAACAAUUUCGAGUACUCUCUUGAGGCGUCUAAGUCUCUGCGUCAGAAGACCGGGGAUGGGACCAUGACCUACCUCAACAAGGGCCAGUUCUACCCAAUCACUCUCAGGGAAGUGGACAACAAAGGCAUUCAGCAGCCCAUCACCAAAGUUAGGAGUGUGGUGAUGGUGGUGUUUGGGGAGGAGAAGUGCAGGGAGGAUCAGCUGAAACACUGGAAGUACUGGCAUUCCAGGCAACACACAGCCAAACAGAGAUGUCUGGACAUUGCUGACUAUAAGGAGAGCUUCAACACAAUCGACAACAUUGAGGAGAUUUCCUACAAUGCCAUUUCCUUCACCUGGGACACGAACGAGGAGGCCAAAAUCUUCAUCUCCGUCAACUGCCUGAGCACAGACUUCUCCUCUCAGAAGGGCGUGAAGGGCCUCCCUCUGAACCUGCAGAUUGAUACUUACAGCUACAACAACCGCAGCAAUAAACCCAUCCACCGCGCCUACUGCCAGAUCAAGGUGUUCUGUGACAAAGGAGCGGAGAGAAAGAUCCGAGACGAGGAAAGGAAACAGUCCCGUCGGAAAGGGAAGGUGCCGGAUCUGAGUUGCAACCCGCCUUUUGCAGACAUGAAGGUUCCCAUCCUCCAGAAGCGCAAUGACGUGACCAUCUUCAAGAUGAUGAACGACCUCGAGACCCAGCCGGUCCUGUUUAUCCCCGACAUCCACUUCUCUGCCCUCCAGCGCCAUCCUUUCUCAGCAGAGGAAGGAGAGGACAGCUCAGGCAUGAGGAGAUUACCCUUCAAUGAUGAUGAGUUUGCCCCCCCCCCAAACAAGAUGCCAAGAGUGGAUGAACCAAAGAAAGUCCUGCUGUAUGUGCGCAAGGAAACAGAGGAGGUGUUUGAUGCCCUCAUGCUAAAGAAUCCAACGCUGAAAGGCCUGAUGGAAGCUAUUUCAGAGAAAUAUGAGCUUCCUCUGGAUAAGAUUGGAAAGGUCUACAAGAAGUGCAAAAAAGGUAUUCUUGUCCACAUGGACGACAACAUCAUUAAACACUACUCCAACGAAGACACCUUCCAGAUCACCAUGGAGGACCAGGGCGGCACUUACAAGCUCACCCUCACCGAGAUCUGAUCGCUCGAUCCUGAUCUCCGCGGCGGAGGAUACGUUGAACCAUCAGGUUUACACUUCUGGCUAAUCAGUGAUUACGGACUUGAUCUGAACCUCAAAUCAUGUCCUCCUUGUGCUGUGUAAGUGCCAAGCUGUUCUUCGAGAUAGCUCAAAUGUGGUAUUUAAAAGCUGGAGCUCUUAACAUGCUACGAUUGGCGGUGUAAGUUAUACAUAAGAUUUUAUGUGUGAGGUUUGUUUUAGUUUUGUUUUUUCUUAUGAUGCUUGUGUGUGUAGUAAGGGGGAAAAAAAAAGCUUAAAUGCGGGCUUUUUGUGUUCAUCUUUGCAGAGCAGUUGUAGAGCCAGUACCAUACCUCAAGCUAUGCAAGCAGCAACAUAAGUCUCUUCAUAUGGUUGAAUUUUAAUUUGACAAUCCGAUCUUCCUUCUUUAUUUUUCCAAGCCAUGGCACUGAUGACAGUAGUCUGCAAAGUUUGAUUUUCGUCCAGAAAAGAUGACGACAAUUCAUAUUAUUAAUACUAAACAAUAUGGCAGUAUUUGGGAAUUCGCCGUACAGGUUAAGUAGACUACUAGAACAUGCUUUCUAUUGUUUAUGUUUGUUUUUUUAUAAAACUUUUUUAUAAAGUAUUACAUGGUUAUUACCGAUUGCUAAAACACAGCUCCCAUUCCCUUUUAGAGUAGUUUACUGAGUGUUGAUGGAAAAGGUCAAUUAAUGUGUCGUGCAGCCUUUGCAGGCUGUCUCGAAAGUGCAAUAAUGUUUUGGCUCUGACACAUUCAGAAGAAUAUUGCCACAACUACAGUACAAGAUACAGUUUUUUUUAAUGAAAAUAUAUAUGUACAUAUAAAUUGGAAUAAAAGGAUCUACUGGAUCCCUCUUUUUUUAUCUCAGUACUUUUGUUGUGUAUAUAUUUAUUAAGAUAAUGGAUAUGGGUGAUUACAUAUAGCUUUCAAUUAAGAUUAUGUUUAUUUUCCAUCUAUAUGAAGUUAUGUUACUAUUAAUAUGUUACCAUUCUUAUGUCAAGGGAGAAAAAUGUAUUGUUUUAAUGAUUGUUCAGCUGUUUUUAUAAAGGAGUUGAUGCACAAAGUGCCGAAUAAAAGCUCUGUGGUGGCUGCCA